AUGCCUGACAGGAACAGCAGUAGAGUGAAGGAGUUUGUGCUCUUGGGAUUCACUGACCGUCCAGAAUUGGCUGCCCCCUUGUUCGUAUGGUUUCUAGUGAACUAUCUCAUCACUAUUGUAGGGAAUCUUGGGAUUCUUAUGCUAAUCAGGGUUGAUGCUCGACUUCACACCCCCAUGUAUUUCUUCCUUAGUAAUUUGUCUUUCUUGGACAUUUGCUACUCAACCACCAUCAGUCCAAGGCUGCUGAUAGACCUCUUAAGGGAAAGGAAAGUGAUUUCUUUUACUGAAUGUCUAGUUCAAUUCUAUUUCUAUGCAACUUUUGCCACCACUGAGUGUUUCCUCCUGGCUGCUAUGGCAUAUGAUCGGUACAUGGCCAUCUGCAACCCGCUCAUCUACACAAUUACCAUGUCUCAGAAGGUUUGUAUUUGUCUGGUGGCUGGUUCAUACAUUGCCGGAUCACUGAAUGCUAUGAUACACACAGGCUGUAUGACUCGUUUAUCAUUCUGUGGUCCUAAUGUCAUUGAUCAUUUUUACUGUGAUGGUCCACCAAUCUUUCAACUUUCCUGUUCUGAUACCAGCCUCAAUAUCUUUGUGAUGUUUGUAGUUGUUAGCUUCAACCUGAUAAGCACCCAUUUGACAGUUCUUAUCUCUUACUCUUAUAUUGUUGCCACUAUUUUGAGAAUCCGCUCAUCUGAGGGGCGGCACAAAACCUUCUCCACCUGCUCCUCUCACCUGCUGGCUGUCAUCAUCCUUUAUGGCAGCUUGAUCUUUAUGUAUCUCCAACCUAAUACAUCAACAAAUGGAGGCAAAGUGGCCUCUUUGUUGUAUGCGGUAGUGAUACCCAUGCUAAAUCCUCUCAUCUACAGCUUGAGGAAUAAGGAAGUGAAGAGUGCUUUGAGACGGGUGAUAGAGAAAUAUAUUAUGUGA